AUGAUUCCCGAAAGAGGAAUUGCGAUGAUCGUCAUCGUGACGGUCCUCGUCGGACUGGGCUUCAUCACCACCGUCCUUCGAGUCUUCGCACGAUUGAAGCGUCGGGUGGGCUUCGGGGUAGACGACUAUCUUGCCUUCGGAGCUAUGUUCUUGUUGAUUGGAAUGUUGGUCGAACUGGUUUUAUGGGUCACGGAAGGAGGCAACGGAACACACAUGAACGAACUGAGCCCGGAGACAUUGGUGAAUUAUCAAAAGAUCUUCCUCGCCAACCAAUUCACCUACUUCCUCCUCUGCCCGAUGAUCAAGAUCUCCAUCAUCUGCUUCUACCGCCGCAUCUUCACGAUGAAGCCCUUCCGGAUGAUCACCCUGGGCCUCAACACGCUGAUCGCGGUGUGGGGUGUGGCCAUCUUCCUGACGUGCGCGCUGCAGUGCCGCCCGCUCCGCGCCUACUGGGACCAGAGCGUCGAGGGAUCCUGCAUCGACGGCAUGAAGUUCAUCAUCGCCAACCAGGCCUUCAACGUGCUCAUGGACUUUGCCAUCCUGGCGCUGCCGGUGCCCAUGAUCUGGGGUCUGCAGCGUGCGUGGCAGGACAAGCUCGCCCUGAACGGUGUCUUCGCCCUCGGUGGCUUCGUCUGCUUCGCCAGUAUCUACCGUAUCGUCGUCCUCUUCUGGAUGGACCCCGCCGACGCGACCUACACCGUCUACCAGGCCACCCUCUGGACCCACAUCGAGCCCAGCAUCGGCCUCAUCUGCGCCUGUCUGCCCAUCGUCCGUGGCCUGUUCCCCAAGCUGAAGCUCGCCGGUAGUCGCCGGUACACCAAGAACCCCUACUACAUCAACACCGACAUCAGCACGUCCCACUUUGCUACCUCUGUGGCCAGCCCGCGGUCGCCGAUCGAGUACUACAAGAUGGAGGAAGGUCUGUCUCGCGCUGCUAGCGAUACCACCCAGGUGCCUGACAAUUCAUACCUGGGACCUCUGGAUAUCUCCGUCCGCACGGAUAUCAAAGUCGACGCCGCGUCCAUGAGGUCUCAAAACUCCCAGAAGUGA